AUGGCCACACUUUCUAGUCGGUCCUCCCUCGUUCUUCCGUCAACGCAACCCGGCUUGAUCAUCCACUCCGACCGCGAGCCCUUCUUCUUCCUCGCUUUCAUUUCGGACCUGUGGCCAAAUUGCGACCUUAACUCAGGUUUAUCUACGACGAGCACGGAUUUCAUUCUUGUCAUGAUGCAGCGCUCUCUCAUCACCUCUUGCCACUCCCUCACGACGCGACGGGUCAGCAGGAGCAGCACCGACACCAUCGCGAGACCAACCAUAUCUGACAGGAGAAUGACGACGAUUCCGUUCGUCACAGCCCUGUACUCAAACAGAGGGAAUCGGAACGAAUGGCGCGUCUUCGUUUGCUCAUGCCGCACCGCGCCAGCUCAGCCCAAACCUGCCAAUCCAGCCGGGCAACAGGCCGUGGGCCGUGUCAAGACCAUCUGGACGCCAACCAAAUGCAAAAUCCCACUGGCGGCGCUACCUCAUACGGGUGGCCGCUACCACAAACGCUACCCACGACCUGCCGGCCCAUUCCACCAUUCCGCUCGCCUCUUCCUCCUUCCCACUCUGUCCCAGACUCACAGUCAACAAAACCCCCAGGCAAACUUCACAGGCUUCCCAGCGCCGCGUCAGUUUCUUUGGCUGCUGCAGCACACCCACGACUCCAGAGCCCAAGUGGGUGGUGUUCUGGAUUGA